AUGCAGUUCACCAGCUUCGAGCCUGCCGCGCGCCAUUCUGUCAUUGCCAUCAGUACCCUCUGUGAACGUCUACAAUUCCAAGAGGACAUGGAUGAAGAGAUCCUCUUGAAGGACGAUCUUUACGCCUUGCAACAUUAUAACACAGCUAUCCAUGACCUCAGGACUAUGACCUCCCCUGAGCGAAGUCCUGUCAUACUGCUGGUGUGUCUGCUGUUUAUCACUAUUGAAUUCCUACAAGUCAACCGUGAAGAGACGGUAAAGCACUUGAAACACGGAUUCCAGCUUCUGAAAAGCACAAUCAGGGACUAUGCCUGGACUAAGGAACACUUACUGCCUCUGUUUCGACGAUUGAGCAUCUACGCUUUCCUGCACGCGACCGAUCCUAUAGACUUUCCCAAUCUGGAAGGUCUCGAGCAUCCGAUUCCCAGCAGCUUUUCAACAUUUUAUGACGCCCAAAGAAUGGUUGACGACAUCUUCAGCCGCACCAUGCGGUUGUUGCGGCAUGGCGACCCUUAUAGAAUAUACCCGGAAGAACACCAAAUUGUGCCGCCUGACCUACUCGAUGAGCAAGCCAGUCUUGCGUCAUCACUAGAUCAGUGGAAGAUACUAUUUGAUGCAUUUGAAGCCCGGCCCGCAUCACCACCGAGCGAGCCUGUUCCCGGGCAAGAGACUCUAACAACGGCGUUACGAUACGUCAUUGUGUCACGAUAUGAGUGUUGCAGAAUAUGGCUGAACACGGCGUUUGGUGACAAAGAAUACGACUACGACAGUCACUUGGCUGUAUUCAAAGCGAUGUCCACAGAAGCAGGGAUAGUAGAUCCGGAGGUCCUUGCGACUUUUGAAGGGUCUCCUUAUUUCACAUUCGACACCGGCUACCUUCCUUCAAUUUCGCUAAUUGCAACGAGAUGCCUCCCGAGAGAGAAUAUGUGUCUGCUAGCCCAGGCCGGAGAUUGUCUGUGCGAAGCGUUACCAGCAUCUUUACGGAACCUUAGUCGACUGGAGAUUGCGGAGUCCAGUAAUACUUGA